AUGAAGUGUUCCGGAGAGACACCUUGUGCUCGCUGUAAAGCCGCUGGGCAUUUUGACUCGUGCCGAUAUGUCGCCCGUGACCGAAAGAUCCGCGUAGACGAGAGCUAUUUCGAACAGCUUGUAAACGACAGCCAAGAGCUUCACAGGCAGCGGAGGAACCGCAUUGCGGCCCCCAGCACUCAAAGCUCAUACUCUACGGAAAGGCUGUAUCCGCAAAAUGCCACGACUGCAGGACCUUCACUUCCCAUUCAUAUAGGCGAAACAGCUUGUACUGCAUUUGCUACUAGGAUCUCCCAGUGUCUCAAUGGUCCCGACAUGGCGACAUGUCCUCUCCGCUGGGAUUACGUCGAUGAGUCCCAGUUGGCUAGUCUGCUAGACAAUCCCGUCGAAUGGCCCAGUCCGGUACAUGCACGGCUGCUCUUGCAGACAGUAUUCACCAACAUCUGCCCAGCGUUUCACCUGGCGCAGAGGAAGGAUACAUAUGCGAUGCUCAGUCAUGUCUAUCAGAGAAGGAAAUUCCACGACGCAGCAAUUCAAGCCAAGUAUUUUGCUCUUUUUGCGCUGGGAAAGGCAUACUUCACGUUACCCAGCCCAGAUGCAGGUUGUACACCCGCGCCAGGGUCGGCCUACUUUGUCAAGGCUUUGAGCCUCGUACAGCUGGCCCCGGAGAGGCCGACGAUGAUGCACUUGGAGACGAUUCUUGCUCUGGCCUUGUAUCAGAAAUUCUUGAACCGUUUUCACUCUGCAUACCUUUUGAUAGGAAACGCACUACGCCUAGGGCUCAGUCUUCGCCUACAUUGCUGCCCAGGCGGCGAGAGCGUCAGACCUGUCGAUCGCGAACACCGCAUUCGUCUCUGGUGGACCAUCUACAUUAUGGACAGGUUUUGGGGAUUAAAAUGCGGAUUACCUGUCCAGGUCAACGACAGCGACAUCCAAGUCGACUUGCCUGCAGACCUGUUGGACGACAGCGAGCGAGAGCAGCUUCCUGAUCCAGCUCUGCAAAUUGCCAGCAUUUCCGUUGCGCGUCUCGCCGGAAACAUAUCACAAGAGCUUUACGGUCCGAGAAAGCCAGAGGGCUGCUUUCUACAGCAUGAGCAGAGCCUGCUCGCUCAGUCGCACCGGUGGCUCGAGUCUCUGCCGGACAGUUUGAAAUUGAAGUCCGCGGGUGACAAUUCGAUAGAUGUUACCGUGCUGCAUCUUCAGUUCCACUAUUGCGUGAUUCUUGCGAUUCGCCCCGCCUUGCUUCAUGCCCUGCCACGCAAAGCGGACAGCACACCGGAUAGUGCUGUUGAUACGAUGUCUGCAGAUAUGGCUGCAAUUUUAGAGACAUGCGGCCACACUGCCAAGCAUUCGAUUUCCCUAUGCAUAUAUGCAUGGACAAAGGGAUUUAUUGGGAUGCUAACUUACGAUUUUCCUGCCUUUCUCUUCUCCGCCGUCCUUGCGCUUCUUGUAACUGGACACAUACAAGGAGCCAAGAUCGGGGAUAUACCAGAGGUUGAGACAGCCAGAGAAAUUCUGCGAACUCUUGAGACUUCAGGUAACAUUGCUUCAAAGGCGUUUAACCUACAUUUACAGUCGGUCCUAAAGAGCUUCGAGAAUCAUGGUCGUACGGCUGCCGCGGCAGACAAAGUCCCCCGUUCGGCCGUCGACAAAGUCUCCUCACAGUCUGGUAUACAAUCAUUAGCUCCCGAGUUUAACAUGGCUGUUGAAUCAUUUUCCUGGCUCUUGAGCGCCGAGAUGAUGACGACGGAGAUGGCGUUUGACCAGACCAACAUGCAACAGUUUCUCGCCAACGACGAACUGGCCGUCGCUCCACAAGACAAGAUUGAUCUUUUCAACGAUCCAAUGUCUCUUUUCUGGUGGUUAGACCAACCCUUAUAUACAGAAUGA